UGUGUGUGUGUGUGAUUUCCUGUCGGGACGUAUGCUGCAGCCUUCUGGACAUAGGAGUAGGAACCUGCUCAGCGACUUCUGACAAACUGGCCAAAAACACACACACACAGACACAGGAGUAACAAUCUCUCUCUGAGCUCCCUUCAUCUCCUCUAUUCACACACACACACUGACAACAAGGACAACAGCGUUCCUGGAAUAACACCUCUGCUGGAUUAUCCUUCCUAUCUUCAUACACACACACACACACACUUCAGAAUGAGAGCGUGGAGUCGGGAGAGAGCCAACACUCUUCAUGGUGCGUGGUGGACCGUUCCUACGUGAGUGCCCACGUGUGUGCGUGUGUGUGUGAGGCAGCAUGCGGGUGUGUAAGCGUGGCGGCCAGAUGCUGAUGACCACAGCCGGCGCGUUCGCUGCCUUCAGCCUGAUGACGGUCGCCGUGGGAACGGACUACUGGCUGUACUCGCGCGGUGUGUGCCAGACCAAGAACUCCAACGACAACGACACCAGCCACAAGAACGAGGAAGUGCUCACACACUCAGGCCUCUGGAGGACCUGCUGCAUGGAAGGUGCGUUCACAGGUGUGUGUAAGGAAAUUGAUCAUUUCCCUGAAGAAUCUGACUAUGAGCAGGAUGCUGGAGAAUACUUGUUAAGAGCUGUGCGGGCCUCGAGUGUGUUUCCGAUCCUCAGCGUGGGUCUACAGUUUGCAGGAGGAGUGUGUGUGGCAGCCAGUGAGUUCUACAAGACACGCUACAACGUCAUCCUUAGUGCCGGUAUCCUGUUUGUUUCUGCUGGCCUGAGCAACAUCAUCGGUAUCAUCGUGUACAUCAGCGCGGCGGCCGGCGACCCCAACCAGAGCGAGUCCAAGCGCAGCCACUGGUACGGCUGGAGCUUCUACUGCGGCGCCUUCUCCUUCGUCGUCACGGAGACGGUGGGCGUGCUGGCCGUGCACCUGUUCAUCGACGCACACCGCCGCCUGCGCCUGGCCACGCCCUCUCUGCGCAAGCACACACACACUCGCACCGGCAGCUUCCGCGCACACACACUCACGCGCAGCCUGCGGCGGUCGUCCAGCUACCGCUCCCGUUACCGCCGGCGACCCAGCCGCGCGUCCGAGACGCGCUCCGCACCGUCGCUAUGGAGACCGGCGCCGCUGGCCGCAGACCUGAUGCCGCUCUACGCCGUGGGUUACGGCUACACACACCCGCACACACACACACACACACACUCCGGGCCAACCUACAGUGGCCUCUCGCACACACACACACACGCACACGGCAACGGCAACAACCUCCACCACAGCAACAGCUUGCCCCACACACACGCACACACACACGGUCUCACGCGUACGUGGGACUCAGUCAAGUCGGCCGACUCGUUGGACCACACACACACACACGCUCAGGACUCAGUGCAGUCUGGCGGGGGGUUGACACACACUCAUGAAUCGGAGGAGGUCACACAGACGCAGAACAACGUCAGUCGCAACAACACACACACACACACACACAACUCUGUCACAUCUGAGAAAGACACACACAGCUCCAUGGAGGAGAAUACACACACACACACACACACACACACACAGGGUGGACUCACACGGACAAGUACUGCCACACGCAGAACCACACCUGUGUAAGACACACACACACACACACAAACACAGAGAACAGAUUUACACACUGAAAAUAAUGUGUGAAUGUCUUCACCUAGACAACUACGGGAAACCAAGUGCUUGUGUGGACCAAUGAGAAAUGAGAUCUGUGAUUGUGUGAACCAAUGACAGAGCACUGUGCUUGUGUGGACCAAUGAGAAACGAUAACUGUCCCCAAGUGAACCAAUGAGAAAGGAAGACUGUGCUUGUGUGGACCAAUGAGAAAUGAGAACUGUGCUUGUGUAGACCAAUGAGAAAUGAGAACUGUGUUUGUGUAGACCAAUGAGAAAGGAGAACUGUGCUUGUGUGGACCAAUAAGAAAGGAGAACACAGAUAAGAGAGAUUGACAAAAAAUGAGACUUGAAGCUUUAUCAUGGCCAAUUUACCAAAGAA